AAAACAGCGGUGGUAGUGUACUUACUCGUGCUAUGAUACAUAUAGAACGGGUCCGAAAAGUGUGACUUAUUCUAUCUAUAGAUGAACAGAGAUCAACUCCUCCACAUUUCAAGAGACAAGAUGAUGACGAUCAAGACAUCGUGCCAAAUAGCAUGGAUGGCUUCAUUCCUAAUAUUGGCCACCUGUCAGCCUCCUCCGAUAGUCAGCACUCCCUCUGGUCCCAUCAAGGGCGUUAUCGUCCCAACUCUUGGACAAGAUAUGGUGCAGUUUCGGAACAUUCCCUAUGCUAAACCUCCCGUUGGGAACCUCCGAUUUGAAAAGACUGUCCCUGUUGAACCAUGGGCAGAUACUUUAGACGGCACAUUUUUCGGUCCAUCAUGCAUUCAAGACACCCAAUAUUGGUUUUGGGAAAAGGCGGAAAACAAUAUUACUACAGAAGACUGUCUGCAACUUAACGUGCAUGUACCAGGAGCAGUAUCAACAACGGAGAAAAAGCCAGUAAUGUUUUGGAUUCAUGGUGGUAGUUUUCAAAUAGGAAACUCCUGGUUCCUUGAUCCGUCAUUCUUAGUACUCAAAGAUGUCAUAGUGGUGACCAUUAACUACCGUCUCGGAGUAUUCGGGUUCCUUAGUACGGGAGAUUCUGCCUUACCGGGUAACUAUGGACUGUGGGACAUGAUCGAAGCUCUCAAAUGGGUAAAUAAAAAUAUAGCAUCAUUUGGCGGCGAUCCUGAGUCUGUUACUAUUUUCGGUGAAUCGGCAGGAGGUUUUGCUGUAUCCUACCUAGCAGUUAUUCCAAGUAAUGAAGGGUUAUUCAAACGUAUUAUUCCACAAAGUGGAACUGCAAUAGGCGAAUUGUGGAAAGUAAGGAAUCCAUUUAGAGUUGCUAAGAAAGUUGGAAGCCAUGUUGGUUGCAUCACGAAGAAUGACUCGAUAAUUAACAAGGAUGCUCUUGUAGCAUGUUUGAAAGAAAAGUCUUCAGACGAUUUAUUCAAAGCUCAGAGCGACCCCAGUACAUUUAACUUUGGUGGAAUAUCCGUAGCUCCUGUGCUUUGGCCAAAUGUGGACGGAGAAUUGCUCCGUAGGAAUCCGUACGAAAGCUUGGAGGACUUGACCUCAAAAGAAUCGAUUUUCUUUCGGUCUCUUGAUGUGAUGACAGGAACAACGGAUAACGAAGGUUCCGUUUUUCCAUAUAUAGCGAUGCCGUUACAAGAAUCCAAGAACUUUAAUUUGUCUGACGGUGUUCCUACUGCUGUCUUGUGUGAUGAUUUAGCCCCACUAUUUGCCAGAGAUGCAUUUAACGAUGAAACCGUCGUGCCGGAAAUGCUCUGUAAAGGUUAUGGAGAGGAUAACAUGGAGGAACAAGCCAGAAGCGCGAGCAAUUUAUAUGCUGAUACUGCGUUUAUUGCUCCAACAGUGCAAUUUCUUGGUUUCCAUUCGAGGGGAAAAGCGAUUUCUAACGCUUACCAGUAUCUGUUUACGAAAGCCAUUUCGUUUCACUUUUUAGUUCCAAGUUUUCCCUGGAGUAGGGGUUCUGCACAUGGAGUGGACAUGCUCUACCUGUUUGGUCCAGGAACAAUGAACCAGUUCGACGACUCCUUAUCCAGUCCUGAAGGACGAGAGAUAACCGAAAUUCUCACCAGAUAUUGGACAAACUUUGCCAAAACAGGAAAUCCAAAUAGCGAGGACCUUGUGGAAUGGAAGUCGUACAAUCCAAGUGGACGCUACUACAUGAAUUUAAAUUUGAAACCUUUUAUGGAUCAGGAUGUUUACGCAAAGCGGAUGAAGUUGCUAAUUGAGGAUAUUCCUAAAAAGCUCAAGCAUAGUGCUAAAACGGAAUUGUAGAUAAUACAGAUUAGUACUUUUGAGCAUUUUAAAGUAUAGAAAUAAACGAAUUAAAUCAACUGUUUGUGUAUUUGACAGCAAUGUUGUGCUUGUUAAAGUGUGGGCGUGAAUUAUCCAUCAUAUUGCUUCAUAUAGCUGGUCACUUUACGUGUAAACAUGUGUUAUCAACUUAUCAAUCCUUUGAACAUAUGCUUAAAUGCAAUAAUUAAAAGUUUAGAAAUGUCUAAUCCUUAGCUCAGAAUAACGUGUUUUUUUAAAGUGAACGAUUUACUUCUCGUGUGUUAUAAAGUUCCCUUUGUUAUAUUAUUUUAUUAACUUUGUUUUCAUUUGUCUUGUGUUUUGAAGUUGUAAAUAAAUCAUAGGUAUAGGGGAAGAACAACUUUUCAAAUUUGUUCAUCUUAUUUAAUUUCAAAAUUGUUUCAGGAGACGUUUUUGUUAGAAAUAUAUUUGUUUGCUGCAGCAACCCGUAUUGAACACGAAAGGCAUUGAACAUAGGAUAACAAAUAUAACUUACUCCAAAAACUCAUAUUCCAUAAUCAGCUCCCUUUCGAAUUAUUCCUCUGCAGAAGUAGUCUAGUCUACUAGUAUAUACAAUGUACGUUUAUAUCUGAAGCUUUCGUUUGUUUUAAAUAUGUAAUCAUCAGCAGGAACAAUGAAACCAGUUUGAACAAACUAGCCGGAAUGAUGGCUUGUUUUCAAACCGUUUAAGCAGUUUAAUGUAACUGUGAAAUACUUACUGAAGGUUCUCGGUUGCGUAUGAUAGCCGCACCUAAAAAAAAUGUUCCUCAUCUUCUAGAACAAGACAUUUUUCUUAUUCUACCACAUGCUAAUCCCUCUUCCAGCAUUUCAACAUUAAUCUAUGUUUCUGAAAUUAGGAAUUAGAAAAUUGAAAUUAAAACACAGAAACAACCGGAUAAUUCCUAUUCGAUGAUUUCAGUAUAAUGCAAUGCAGGUAAAUUGAACCGUAUGACAAAUAUAACCAAAAUGGGUCAUAAUUCAGGUCGUUAAUGCUAGUCUCUACAGGUUAACAGGAUCAACGACUCGCUGAUUUAAUAUAGGGCACCGAAUUUAUCACUCGUUACGAAAUCUCCUUGUCUUUUUGUUGCCAUUAUGUUUAUAUGUUGUACAAGUAUGACAGCCGAAAAAACAUGGUACAGAAAUGCAUGUAACCCCUGGAUUGUUUGAAGAUCACAUUAUAUACGUGAACAAACAAAUACUUUACAAAAAGAAAGGUUCAAAGACUAUAUAUGUCUUCAGAUUCACUUCGUCAAAAAAGGAUAAAUAGAAUCGUAUGUAUGUAUAUCAUUUGUACAAAUAAACUGUGUCUAUAA